CGUGCAUUGCACCCGGGUUCGGUUCAGGUUGUGGAGCGGGUUAACUGAGGAUAUAAAGUUUGAAGACCCAUCUAAGUUCGUACAGUUCAAAUCAUAUUACACAAUACGCCACUUUCUCUCUUAGGGUUUCAAGUCGAUCCCUGAUUUAGAGCAUUUGUAAUCUUCUUUCGUUUCUUCGUGAUGCCUCGCUUGAAAUUCUCCGGACACAUCACGUGCAUGAUGUCUCGUUUGAAAGACUCAUCCCGCACAUGAUACCGCCGUUCCAAUGGGACAUAAGCUGGAUAUUUUCGUAAGUAAUUUUGGUCUUUGACCAUUUUGGUAAUUUUCUCUUGAAAAAAUCUAUGAAGAAAAAAACAAAAGAGCUCACUCCAUUCACUGGGAUAAAUGUAACACCAAACAUAUCAUUGUGUUCAAACAAAAAUAUCAUAUUAUCACACACAUUAUAUCGAGAUGGACUCAUCAGCAGAUCAAAUCAUCAAAGAAAUCCUUCCAUUCAUUCGAGUUUACAAAGACGGCCGGUACGAAAAACUCUCCGGCAACGACACUGUCCCUGCCGGCAUUGAUCCUUCUUCCGGCGUUCAAUCCAAAGACGUCGUUAUCCUACCGGACACCCCCCUCUCCGUCCGCCUUUACAUUCCCAAACCCCACAACCCAACGGUGAAAAAACUCCCCCUCUUAAUCUACUUUCAUGGCGGCGGAUUCAUCAUCGAAUCCGCCGCCUCACCUCCCUACCAUAGGUUAUUAAACCUAAUAGCGGCAGAAUCCGGCGCCGUCGUAGUCUCAGUAGACUACAGAACGGCGCCGGAGCAUCCUGUUCCCGCAUGUUUUAACGACUCAUGGGAAGCAAUCAAGUGGGUCGGGCAACAUGUUGACGGAAAUGGACCCGAGUCGUGGCUAAAUGAGUUGGCCGACCUUGGACACGUGUUUUUCGCGGGGGAUAGCGCGGGUGCUACUAUUGCCCACCACAUGGCAAUCCAGGUCGGGUCAAGUGACCCGACCCGGAGUGUGAGUCUUCGGGGUGUCAUCUUACUCCACCCGUUUUUUUGGGGAAAGGAACGGGUGGGGUCGGAAUCAGACAACACACGUGCCACAAUAGUGGGCGAUCUAUGGAAGAUCGCCCACCCGGAAACAAGUGGGGAGGAUGACCCGUUGAUUAACCCGGCUAUGGAUCCGAAGGUCUCGGAUCUUGGAUGCUCCAAGGUACUUGUUUAUGUUGCUGAGAAUGAUAUUUUGAAGGAUAGGGGGUAUUAUUACAAGGAUAUUUUGGGAAAAAGUGGGUGGAGAGGAGAUAUAGAGGUUAUUGAGGAUAAAGGGUUGGGUCAUGUGUAUUUCCUGUACAACCCUUCUGUUGAUGCUUCUUGUACCAUGCGCACCAGGAUUUGUACCUUCAUCAACGAUCGGGCGUAAUCUUGUCCCUUGUUUGCGUGUUAGAUAAAAUAAAUCGUGUUUGUGUGGAUAUGACGGGUUUCGCUACACACGCAAAGUGUCCGUAGCGAAUUAGUGUUAACAUAAUCUCAAUCUAGAUUGUAACUUUUUUUAAUCAUCAAAAUAUGUUUGUCA